UCCUCUACAACCCCCCAAACAACCCCCCAAUCCCCCAACCCCCCCAAUCCCCAAACCAACAACCCCAAAAAUGGGCAUAACCCUCUCCACCGAACCCACCCCCCUCACCCCCCUCACCCUGACAACAACCACAAUCGGCCUCCUCGGCUUCGCCUUCACCCUCUCCACCUUCUUCAACGUCUUCUGGUCCGCCAUCCACACCUUCGCCCACGCCCCCACCCAGAUCCAAGACCUCCUCGGCAACCUCAAGCAAGCCCUCUACGAGGAGCGGCGCCAUCUGAGGGAGAUUCGGCGGCGGGGGCGGGGGCGGUCGGGGCGGUGGAAGGGUGGUCCGGGGACGGGGAGAGGGACGGGGAGAGGGAGAGGGACGGGGACGGGGAGAGCGAACAGUGGCUUCAGGGGGGAGAAGUAUGACUACGACGACCACGACGGGGACUGGGAAGUAGAAGACGACACAUCGACCCAAACCAUGCGCACCACGAUCCGGCACCUCAUCGCCGCCUUCAAGGCGCUCGAAGCCCCCUUUCUCGAGCCCGGGCGCGCGUACUACGAGGACACGAGCUGGGCGGGGGUGAGCGGAGCGAGCAGGACAGAGAGCGGAGCAGCAGCAGGCGGCAUAACAGCAGAGCGAGAAGCAGACUGGUACACGACGCCGUACAGGAAGUGCGGGGUGCGCGAGCGGUGGGUGUGGGUGCGGCGGGCGAGGAAGGAGGCGGAGGGGCUGAUGGGGGCGCUGGGCAGGGUGCAGAUGAGGAGGGUGGCGAGGGAGGUUGGGGAGUUGUUUUUGUGAGUUCUUUUCUUCGUUCGUUUGUUUGGGGAGGGGUGAGAGAGAAAGGGGGGCUAAUGUGUUGUGUUAGUGUUGUGCGGGAUAUGGAGGGGGAGGUUGGGGGGAUUGAGGAGAGGGUGUUUGGGGUGGAGCAGAGGUUGUUGAGGGUUGUGGGGGUGCGGAGGGUUGGGUAGGGGGUGGAUUGGGGUGCUGGGGGUUG